AUGGAAACGGAUCCGAAUGAUUAUACGGUUAUCAAGGAAGGAGAAGCUGAGAUUCUCCUCCACAAGAAGAAUCAAGUCUUCUUCAACAAAGCUCAGGUGAACAAUAGAGACAUGUCUAUUGCUGUGUUAAGGGAAUUUAUAUCGAAACGCAAGCAAGAGCAUGAAGCUGCUAAGUCAUCUAAAACUAGCAGAUCCAAAUCCAAAGUGGUAGAGAAGAAUGCUUCUGAAGCUUCCAAGGAAGAAAUGGAAAAUGGUGAACAUCAAGUAACAUCUGAGGAUGGACCGAGCUCUGCAUCCACCAAAGAACUUGCCAAGACAGCGGAGGGAUUUCCACGUGGAGAACCUAAGCCACCAAAAGUGCUUGAGGCUUUGUCAGCUUCAGGGUUACGUGCUUUAAGGUAUGCACGUGAAAUAGAAGGAAUUGGUCAGGUUGUGGCACUGGACAAUGACCUUGCAUCGGUCGAAGCUUGCCAGAGAAACAUAAAGUUCAACGGCUCUUUAGCUAUUUCAAAGGUGGAGUCGCAUCAUACCGAUGCUCGUGUCCAUAUGCUUACUCACCCUAAAGAAUUUGAUGUGGUUGAUCUAGAUCCAUAUGGAUCACCAUCUAUUUUCCUUGACUCGGCUGUUCAAUCAGUCGCGGAUGGUGGAUUGCUAAUGUGUACAGCGACUGACAUGGCAGUGCUAUGUGGUGGAAACGGUGAAGUUUGCUAUUCCAAAUAUGGUUCGUAUCCACUGAGAGGGAAGUAUUGUCAUGAGAUGGCUUUGCGGAUUCUCCUUGCCAGCAUCGAGAGCCAUGCAAACCGGUACAAGAGGUAUAUUGUUCCGGUGCUGUCUGUGCAAAUGGACUUUUAUGUUCGUGUUUUUGUCCGCGUGUACACGUCGGCGAGUGCAAUGAAGAACACUCCAUUGAAGCUAUCUUACGUCUAUCAAUGCAUUGGUUGUGAUUCAUUCCAUCUUCAACCUGUUGGAAGAUCUCUCCCUAAGAACAAGAGUGUGAGGUAUCUACCAGCAACUGGUCCAGUAGUGGCACAGGAAUGCAGCCACUGUGGGAAGAAAUAUAACAUGGGAGGACCAAUAUGGUCUGCUCCAAUGCAUGAUCAAGAAUGGGUGACUUCCAUUUUGAACAGUGUUAAAUCCAUGAAACACAGAUAUCCUGCUUAUGACCGGAUCUCCGCUGUACUCACCACUGUCUCCGAGGAGUUGGUAGAUGUUCCUCUGUUUCUGAGUCUGCAUAAUCUUUGUGCGACGCUAAAAUGCAUAUCGCCAUCAGCUGCUAUGUUUCGAUCAGCGGUUCUUAAUGCUCAAUACCGAAUCUCAGGGACUCAUGUAAAUCCCCUCGGCAUGAAAACCGAUGCUCCUAUGGAGGUUAUCUGGGACAUCAUGCGCUGCUGGGUGAAGAAUCAUCCUAUAAAGGCGCAAGCACCUGAACAACCCGGAAGUGUGAUCUUGUCAAAAGAACCAUCACAUCAGGUUGAUUUUUCGCGUCAGAUUGGUUCGAUGAGCAAGGCGCAGGCGAAGAAAGUAGCCCGGUUUCUGCCAAAUCCAGAGAAGCAUUGGGGUCCAAAGCUUAGAGCUGGUCGCCAGAUCACCAGCAAACAUGUCUCUCUUAUUGGUCAUGAUGCAGUCAAUGGUCAUCUUAAUCAACACCAUGAAGAACUUAAAGAGGAAGAAGAAGAUGCAGAGCAAGAAGAUAAUGUUCAAGAAGAGCUCGAUCCAAAACGUCAGAAGACAACAGAGGAUAUUUCCUCAACAUCAUAA